GUAACUCUGGGCAUUCCUCCCUCCCUCCAACUCUCUCCUCCUUCACUUCUCUGCAUUCUCCACUCUCCUACAAAAACCUCCCUCCAGGUCCCCUAUUUUCAAAGAAAGCACAGGUAGAAAGUGGUUCAACGACUAUACAAAAGGCAGCCUGUAGCUACUUAAAUGCUUCAGAGAGACAAAGCCACAAUAGCAGAAUAUAGAAGAAGAAAAGUGAGACUGAAGAAAUUCUGCAACAAAUUCAACCAGACACCAGUCCCUGCCAUUGCUAUGUCAGCAUUAUGGUUUCUCGUCACCUCUUCUUCACAAGUCGCUGGUUGAUGACGCGCCCACAGCGUCCGGUUGUCUUGACAUCCAUGGAGGAAGAUAGACAUGAAUGCAAAAGCGAGAAACCGGCCACCCCGUCCCCUCGCUCCUCCACCCGCUCGGGAGUGUCAAAAUAAAUGUCUUUUGGCCCGAGGCCGGCUCUAAGCGACUUCGUCACACCUGCAUGAGGUCACAAGCAGUCACUAGCGCAGAGGGGCAGGCCAUGAGGCGAGUUCUGGGUGAAAGAAGCGGGGCGGGGCUGAGGCCAAGGAGAGGUGGGGCUGUGUCUUGCAAGUUGUUGUCACAGAGGAUUUUAUAACAGCCUUCCUCUCGUCGGAAAUGGCUGCUGCUGCCCAUUGCCUCUGCUGCUCGGGAUUUCUCCAGAGACAGUCUCUUGCCCGUUACCUUGCAAACCCACACUAUGGCAGCCUCAUUAAUGCAGAUGGCCAUGCUGAAGUGUGGACCGAUUGGAAUGAUAUGUCCAAGUUUUGCCAGUAUGGAUGGAGAUGCACCACUAAUGAGAAUGCCUAUUCGAACCAUACCCUGAUGGGCAACUGGAACCAGGAAAGAUAUGACCUAAGGAAUAUUGUGCAGCCCAAACCCUUGCCUUCCCAGUUUGGACACUACUUUGAAACAACAUAUGAUACAAGCUACAACAACAAAACACCACUUUCAACCCGUAGAUUUAAGCGCGAGCCUCACUGGUUCCCAGGACACCAACCUGAGCUGGAUCCUCCUCAAUACAAAUGCACAGAAAAGUCAACUUAUAUGAGUAGCUAUUCAAAGCCUGAAAUAGAGCAUCACUCCAUCUGUCUGUGGAAUCCUAAUAACUGCCAAUUUCAGGAUCCAGGAUUCUAACAAAGAAUAAGAAGCUUCAUUUUUCCAGAGUAGAAUGUAGGAGGGAGCACAUUCUAAGCACAACUAAGAAUUUAGCUGACUGUAGCACAGUUUCACUCUCAAUAAAUAAACCACAGAAAAUA